CGCCGAGUUCUUCCAAGGUCGGACGAGCAACCCACCGUGAAAGCGAAGCAAGAGUGCAAAGCUAUCAGCAAUUGAUCGCUGACUGAUCUUUCAAGAAGCUUCAAUGGCUUCGCCUCUUGAAGAUGAUAUCUUCGAGAAGCUAAGGUCGCAAGUGAAGCCUGAAGAGCAGGAGAAGAGAAUACAGGAGCUUAACAAGCGACUACACGAACAGUAUGAGAAGCAGCAGUUGAGGGAAACGGCUAUUCUCGAAAGCAACAACACACUUCCAGUGACGAUAUCUGAGGUUCGGGUCCUCCAUGCUGUCAACACCAGACGAAGUUUUCUUCAGGGCAUCGUUAAACCACUUCUGCGUCGAGAUGCAGAGGAGCCAUUUACACUUCGGGAAGCUCGCGAAACGAUAGACUCGGUUGGCAAGAAACUGGACAAGCUUGGCAUCUUUCAAUCGCCUAUAACUGCUUACGUUGACAAAUCAGAGAAGUCUGACCCAUCGACAACGCCUACAGAUCUCAGCGUUUAUUUCCAUGCAAAGGAACGUGGCAGAUAUACCAUCAAAACCGGGACAGAGGCUGGUCACUCGGAAGGCUCCGCCUAUGCGGAUGUACAGUUCAGGAACCUUUUUGGUGGAGCUGAAGCCAUAAAUGCGCAUGCAUCGUUGGGCACUAGGACACGAUCAGCGUACUCCGCAAUCUUCGAUACACCCAUCUUCGGCAAUCCUGACAGAAAAUGGCAAGUGGGUGGCCUAGCGAGCUCGACGCUAAAGCCGUGGGCAAGUCACGAGGAACGGCUGAGAGGGGCUUUCUCCAAGAUCCAAAUUGUCACCGAGAAUGAUCACAUCCACGAAUUUGGGUACUCAGGUUCAUGGCGGACGAUCACCGGGUUAGCUGAGAAUGCCUCGCCGACAGUGCGGCUUGACGCGGGCGAUAGCUUCAAGUCGAGUCUCACCCACACUUUCAUCAAUGAUAAGCGAGACUAUCCUCUACUCCCCAACAGUGGCUACCUCUUCAAGACUGUUAGCGAGAUCGCAGGUUUCGGGCCCCUCCGUGGUGAUGUGGGCUUCUUCAAGACUGAGCUCGAGUCACAAGCCGCAAUCCCAAUUCCUCUUCCUGGUAUUGAAGGUAGUAGUGGUGUAUCCUUCAACCUCGGUCUUCGUGGCGGCAUGCUGUACCCGCUCACAGCGGGUGGCGGAGACAUUCCACUGCAGUCGCGCCUGAACGAUCGUUUCCAGCUCGGAGGGCCGACAGACGUACGCGGCUUUAAGAUCUCAGGCCUAGGACCUCAUGACGCUGGGGAUGCUGUUGGUGGUGAUGUGUAUGCUGCAGGUGGGGCAAGCUUACUCAUGCCGCUCCCACGCGUAGGCAAAGAUACGCCGCUCCGUCUCCAGGCCUUCGUCAAUGCAGGACGGCUGCUUUCUCUGAAGGGUAAGACCAAGGACGGGCAAAUGACGAGCGAAGAAGUGCACUCAAAUAUGAAGCGCACACUCUCGGAACUACGUAAUGGAUUACCCAGCGCAUCGGCAGGGCUCGGCCUUGUGUAUGCGCAUCCGAUGGCAAGGUUCGAGCUCAAUUUCAGCUUACCUCUUGUGAUGCGAAGGGGCGAGGAGGGACGUAAAGGUGUGAGCUUUGGCGUGGGGAUCAGUUUCUUGUAAAUAGACUAUAUGCGUGCUUGAACGUUUUGUGUGCGAGAACAUCUGUAAUAGAAACAAAGCAAUAUAUGUGCCAUCCCGGUCCAUUUGCUGUUCUGAGUUGAAAA